UAUCUGCGUAAAACGAGACACGCCUAGUUAUUGCUAGCCUAACCAGCUAAGUAGCCUAUGUCGGUUCAGACUAUUUCCUGGAACCGAAACCGCUCCUAAGAUCUUAAUGUAUAAAACGCUAAAGAACUAAACAAUCUGAACUGUCUAAACUAGGUCAACAGAAAAUCUGAGUUUGGUAGUAGGCUAUGGUGUCAGAAUUGAUGUUAGCGUUACUGUAGCUUAGCUACUGCAGCGAGUUAGCUAUCCAUCCAGACCCAAGUAGAGGAGCCUGUUCGCAUCUCACUGCUGUUGCCAAGACAAUGGAGACAGAAAUCGAGCAGCAGGAAGAAGAGACCACGUUCAGCAACACUGACACAAACGGUAAGCGCCCAGCAGAGGAUAUGGACGAGGAACAGGCCUUCAAGCGCUCUCGCAACACAGACGAGCUGGUGGAGCUGCGUGUACUGCUGCAGAGCAAAAAUGCUGGCGCUGUGAUUGGAAAAGGUGGCAAGAACAUCAAAGCCCUGCGGACCGACUACAAUGCCAGUGUAUCAGUCCCUGACAGCAGUGGCCCAGAGCGGAUCCUAAGCGUCAGUGCAGACAUUGAGACCAUCGGGGAGAUUCUUCUGAAGAUCAUCCCCACUCUGGAGGAGUACCAGCAUUACAACGGGAUCGAUUUUGACUGUGAGCUGCGUCUGCUGAUCCAUCAGAGCUUGGCUGGGGGCAUCAUAGGAGUGAAGGGGGCCAAGAUUAAAGAGCUAAGAGAGAACACCCAGACCACCAUCAAGCUGUUCCAGGAGUGCUGUCCUCACUCCACCGAUCGCGUUGUCCUGGUCGGGGGGAAACCGGACCGCGUGGUCGAGUGCAUCAAAGUAAUCCUGGAGCUUGUGUCAGAGGCUCCCAUCAAAGGUCGCGCCCAGCCCUACGACCCCAACUUCUACGACGAGACAUACGACUACGGAGGCUUCACCAUGAUGUUCGAGGAGCGGGGCCGGAGGCCCAUAGGGGGGUUCCCCAUGCGCGGCCGGGGGGGCUUCGAGCGCAUGCCCCCUGGAAGGGGGGGGCGACCCAUGCCCCCUUCCAGGAGGGACUACGAUGACAUCAGCCCCCGCCGGGGCCCACCCCCACCCCCACUGAGCAGAGGUGUCAGGGGGGGCAGCAGGGCGCGCAACCUGCCCCUCCCCCCCCCACCCCCCCCAAGAGGAGGAGGUGACCGCUUUUCCCACCAGAGUUACCACGGCAGCAUGGACGACAGACCAAAUGACAGAAGAGGAAGACCAGGAGACCGCUAUGAUAGCAUGAGUGGAGGUGGAUAUGACAACAAUUCCUCGUGGGAGCCUUUUCCAUCGGGUGGGCGAGGGUCCUACAGUGACAUUGGGGGUCCCGUCAUCACGACACAAGUGACCAUUCCCAAAGAUCUAGCCGGGUCGAUCAUCGGUAAGGGCGGCCAGCGGAUCAAGCAGAUACGCCAUGAGUCGGGAGCCUCCAUCAAGAUCGACGAGCCCCUGGAAGGCUCUGAGGACCGCAUCAUCACCAUCACAGGAACACAGGACCAGAUACAGAAUGCCCAAUACCUUCUGCAGAACAGUGUGAAGCAGUACUCUGGUCGCUUCUUCUAGAGGAGGAGGAGGAGGAGGAGGAAUAACGCCAAACUGCCAUGCCUAUGUUCCUCGCCAUCAGAUCAGAGCCAACAUUCCUCUGCUUUGGGUAGAUGGACCCCCCACACACACACACACAAAGCCCCCUACAUCUACGCCCUGCCACCCAAAUCAUCAUAAUCUAAUACAGCCAAUUUUAAUUAGAGGAACUUAAGGACAAACAAUAAUUUCUGUAACAAACUUUUAAAAAUAUGAUUAAUAAUCAGUGGUUCCCCUUUUUGACGCUGCUUUUUUUCUGGAUACUCGUACUGUUCAAUAGGUAGAUGUAAACUCAUCUGUGUAUGUUGAGUCAUAGCCCCCCAACCCCCCCCCCCCCCUCCCCUCAGUACAGCAUGCAGAAUGUAAUCUUGUUUUGUAAGGAACAUUUUAGGAUUUGUUUAUAUAUAUAUAUAUAUAUAUAUAUAUAAUUGGAGAAUUUCUUUUUGCAUUUAUUUUUCCCACUGAAGGAAUAGGGGCUGUAUAAAGAUAUGUAAAUAUACAGUGAUCAUUUCAUUUAGAAUGAAUAUGUUUGCUACGGUCACUUGGGACCUUAUUUUGUCGGAAACUGACAGAGCCAACUAAGCUUUGUUGAUUUAAUUUGAUUUAUUUUCUUCUCUUUUUGACCUGUUUCCAACUCUUAACAAGCCACUUAACGAGCAUGGACUUGCUUACUGUAGGGGUACAAACAUAAUCAUUUACAUUUCGGAUCCAAUUAGUCUCUUAAUGUUUUUUUUUACAUUGGUUUAUUAAGCCUUUUUACAUUUUAGAUUGGAUCUUUCUAGACGGGGUUGACUCUGUAAAGGGUGCAGGGUUUCUGUCCUUUAGAAGUGGCAUGUCCUUAUGAGUUCAUCUCUACGUCGCCCCUCUCUGUGAUGUGUGUUUGUAGUAUCUGCUGCAACUCGGAUGAAAUAAAAUCUGUGCCACCUUUUACUA